AUGCUAUCAGGAUAUGAAGAUAAUUCGUGGCCUAAAGUUGUCGGUGCAAGAGAAAAGCUAUUAAAUAUGAAGAAAUCAUUCGCUAAAGAUUUAGGCAUCAGGGACUUAAUGAGUAAUGAAGGGAAGACUAAAGAAAUUGACAGUAAGGAAUUGAUUAAACAUAUACCCAGCUAUAAGGAGAAUUGCCAGAAGAAAAUUCGAGGGAGUAAAUAG